GAAAUCUUAAUAGAAGACUAAAGAGAUGCUCUUUAAAACCAUACCUAUAUAAGGGGUUCGGGGCGUUCUUCAAUCAGAAUAUCCUCACAAUUAGCUAUAUCUUCGCAAUCAACACGUUCUUGUAUAUACAAAAGCUACAAACAACCGAAGCCAAUGGCAAACAGAACCAAGACUGCAACUAUUUCAUCGCCUACUUACAUCGAUUUUGAACCUUACUGUGAAUGGAAGAAAGAGGAAGGAACUGAAACUUUAGACUUCCAUCUUCCUGAUUUCAAGAAAGAUCAACUAAUAGUUCAAGUCAAUAAUCUUGGAGUUCUCAAAGUAAGCGGAGAGAAGCCGGCAACUGCAGAUGGAACCAAAAGAAACCGUUUUGUCAAGGAAACAAAGAUACCACAAGGCUGCGACAUAAAUGACAUUCGAGCAAAGUUCAGUGGCGGCCACCUUCAUGUUACCAUGCCGAAAAAAGCCUCUCCCCAGAUUGAGCAGCAGCAGAUGAAGCCAGAAACAACAUCAUCAAGUGCUCCAAAACCAGAGGUUACUCAAAAGCCGACAUCAGAAGCCCAAGCUCCUAAAGCAGAAAAGCCAAAGGCUCCAAGUUCAGAGAAUGGUAAAGCAGGAACAAGUACUAGUUAUGAUCAGGCAAAGGGUGACAACAAGUUUGGGCUUGGAAGCUCCGUGGGAAGAUUGCAAGUGCAUAAGAAGGUGAACGUGGGUUUAGGAGUUGCAGUAGCAGCAGUCGUCGCAAUUGGAGUCUAUGUAGCUUUUAAAUAUGGAUCUAGCUCUUCUCCUCCUUCAAAUAUUGAGGACUAAGGACAGACAUGGCAUCAAAUAACUUGAUUUACACCCUAUGUGUUUGUGUAUCGCCUUUAAGGCUUUAACAAAUGGUAUCCUAGAUCAAACCAGGGUACAGAUAAUUUAAUGCAUGACAAAAAUGCAUCAAGAAAUGAAUAAUAUUAUUU